AUGUCAUGGCUUCCCAGUGCAAUUGAGCCUACAAUUGCUACCAGUCUUAUGUUUAUGGCAUCGGCUAAACAGCAGGGUUUCCCUCAAUGUAAAGGCCUUAUAAGUUCCCUAGGUAUUCCCCGGAUCACGAGUACUGAUAGAUAUUGGGUCUACCCAUCGGCCUUCUGUAAUAGGGCACUAAAUCAAUCCCCAAUUGAUCGCUUGCCAGUUGCGAACUACUCGUUCUCUUCCUAUCACUAG